UGCUAGCAGUCCAUCAGCACCAGUCCCAGUGUCUGUAUGAGGCUGACAUCUAGUGGACAUUUCUAUUAUCUGGGAAUUUACAGACACGCCUGUUGUUCCGUCUCUCAGACACAGAACCAGGAAGAAUCAGAGAAACCGAAACUUAAGUGCUGUUGUCCUGUUGCAACUUUAUAUCAGCCUCACAUGCAGGAAAAUGGCAGAAGCCCGUAUUUCAGUGGAGCAGUUCUUGUGUCCGGUGUGUCUGGAUCUCCUGAAGGACCCAGUGACCAUCCAGUGUGGACACAGUUACUGUAAGAGCUGUAUUACAGACUGCUGGGAUCAGGAGGAUGAGAAGAGAGUCUACAGCUGCCCUCAGUGCAGACAGACCUUCAGUCCAAGACCUGCUUUAGCUAGAAACACCAUGCUGGCUGAAGUGGUGGAGAAACUGAAGAAGACUAAUCUUCAAAGUGUGGUUCCUGCUGGAGCUGGAGAUGUUCAGUGUGACGUCUGUACUGGAAGAAAACACAAAGCUGUCAAGUCCUGUCUGGUGUGUCUGAACUCUUACUGUCAGAAUCACCUCGAACAACAUGAGAGUUUGUUUAAAGGAAAGAGACACAAUCUGACUGAAGCCACUGGACGACUGCAGGAGAUGAUCUGCCAGAAACAUGAGAAGCUCCUCGAGGUUUUCUGUCGCACUGAUCAGAAAUGUAUUUGCUUGCUGUGUUUGGUGGAUGAACACAGAAACCAUGACACUGUAUCAGCUGCAGCACAGAGGACAGAGAAAGAGAGAGACUUGAAGGAGACGCAGAAGACGUUCCAGCAGAGAAUCCAGCAGAGAGAGAAAGAUCUCCAGCAGCUGAGAGAGGCUGUGGAGUCUCAGAAGCGCUCUGCACAGACAGCAGUGGAGGACAGUGAGAGGAUCUUUACUGAGCUCAUCCGCUCCAUCGAGAGAAGCCGCUCUGAGCUGAUACGGCUGAUCAGAGAUCAGGAAAAGCAAGCAGUGAGUCGAGCUGAAGGACGACUGGAGCGACUGGAGCAGGAGAUCAAUGAUCUGAGGAGGAGAGACGCUGAGCUGGAGCAGCUUUCACACACACAGGAUCACAUCCAGUUCCUGCAGAGUUUCCAGUCUCUCUCAGCUCCUCCUGAAUCUACAGACGUAAAUGAUGAUCUCUUCAGUUCUCUCGUCUCUUCUGAUGAUCUGAGAGAAUCUGUUCAUCAGCUGAGAGACAAACUGGAGGAUUUCUGCAAAAAGGAGCUCAGGAAGAUCUCAGACAGAGUCACAGUCACCAACAUUGUUCCCAGGACCAGGAACCACUUCCUACAAUAUUCCCAUCAGCUCACUCUGGAUCUGAACACAGUGAAUAAACGCCUCCGUCUGUCUGAGAGAAACAGAGUGAUUACUCACACUUUCACAGAUCUGCCGUAUCCUCAUCAUCCAGACAGAUUUGAUGUGUAUCGUCAGGUGUUGUGUAGAGAGAGUGUGUGUGGACGCUGUUACUGGGAGCUGGAGUGGAGAGGAGAUUAUGGUGUGUUUAUAUCAGUGUCAUAUAAGAGCAUCAGCAGGAAGGGACAAGGUGUUGAUUGUGUGUUUGGAUAUAAUGAUCAGUCCUGGAGUUUGAUCUGCUCUCCCUCCAGAUACUCAUUCAGACACAAUAACAUAGAGACUGAUCUCUCUGUGAAGCCCAUCAUCGGUAGAAUAGGAAUGUAUGAUGAUGAUGAUGAUGAUGAUAUUUAUAGAAUAGGAGUGUUUGUGGAUCACGGAGCAGGAACUCUGUCCUUCUACAGCGUCUCUGACACAAUGAGCCUCAUCCACACAGUCCAGACCACAUUCACUCAGCCGCUCUAUCCUGGGUUUAGAGUUGGUUCUGGAUCAUCAGUGAAACUGUGUUGAUGAAUCAGAAUAGACUGAUGAGAGAUUCUACCCAGAAUGCUUUGAGCUGCAUGAUUAAUCAGUAACAGUGAGAUGUUAUAGGCCCGGUUUAACAGACAGGGCUUAGACUAAAUCACGAUUAGGCCAUAGUUCAAUUAGGACAUUUAAGUACUUUUUAUAAACGUACUUAGAAAAAAACAUUACUGGUGUGCAUCUUGAGACAAAACGAAGGCACUGAUAUAUUUUAAGAUCGGUCAGUGCAAGUUUCUUUCAGUUGAAACAGUUCAGACUUACAUUUUAGUCUAGGAUUAGGCUUAAGCCUUGUCUGUGAAACCGGGGGAUAGAGUCUCUUCUUUUCUCUUCAUUAAUUUAAGACCGCAGCUGAACUUCUGUCACUGAAAUAACAUGAAUCAGAAUAAAUACUCAUAUACAGUGAGGAAAAUAAGUAU